GCAUUGACUAUGUUGGACUGUUGCCGCCACUUUGGUCCAGGCUGAAAGAUCUUCACAGUAAUCGGCAGGUACUCAAAGCAUGAAAAAAAUGUCACAUUUGUGGAUUUGAGUGAAGUCUUGAACAACUAUUGGACUGAUUGAACAUUCAUGGGUGAACUGUUAAAAUGUUUCCUCUGACUUUUCAUCUAGUGCCAUCAUCAAGGUCAAACUUUCAUGACAUUCCCAUCAGCCUGUACUUUGUGUGUGGUGCUAAUUAGCCAACGCUAGCAUGCUAAGAUAGUAGCUACAUGCCAAUGUCAGCAUUUAUCUAAAAAGCAUCAUGCCUAAGUAGCCUCACAGAGCUCCUUCUGUAACUCUUCUUGGCUGUAUAAUCCUCCUUAAACAUACACAUGUGGGUUUAUAUUUUAAUAUUAGCAGAGCUGCUCUAUAAUCUUUCCAUAUUUAUGUUCUCACAGCUGCAAAAGUAGGCCACAUGUACUGUUGGGUGGGAGUUGUGGAUCUAUUUUACGUCUACAAACAAACAAACAAAGCUGGUAUCUCAAAAUACUUCACACACUAUUAUAUCAGCCAUUAUAUGAAUUAUAUUGCUAUUAAACUAUAUAUUUUAUUUGGGAAGCACUUUAUUUUAUAUAUAUUUUAUAUCUAUAUAUACUAUAUGGGAGUUUCAUUUGUCAGCAACUAUAACUGAUUCUGGGGCUUUGCAUAUCAACUUUGAAAAUGCAAGUACUUGUCAGUGCUUCACAAAGAAAAAAAUAUUUUCUCGUAGCGUUAGUUAUGUAAUCUCUAUGUGUGCGUCUUUCUCCUCCCCUCUCUCAGUGGUGUGAUUUCAUGGCUCUGCUCCUCAGUGCCUGAACACCACCUCUGUACUGUGUAGUGUCAUGAUGAGAUCUGUCUUCCUAUUGGUGCUUUGGACCUUGUGUCACCUUUCCUCCAGCAGGAAGCCUCGCCCCCUUUUGGAGGCCCUUCACUUAGUGUGUGUGUGUGUGUGUGUGUGUGUGUGACAGAGAGAGAGAGAGAGAGAGAUUGUGAAGGCUGUCUUUGGCUGGACUGUGUGUGGACUCUGGUCCGUCAGGCUGUGUGAAAAGAAGGAACUUAAAACUAUGGAUCAGAUCUUGACGGUCCCAUGGGUGGCAGCUCUUUCUGUGGUGGUAGUGACUGUGCUGUACUUCAUUCUGCGAGGCUCUCCAGGAGAGAAGAAGAAGAAACUGCCUGUCACUCUGCAGGAUCCUAUGGUCAAAUAUGCCCUUCCCCUUAUAAACAAACAGGAAAUCAGCCAUGACACAAAGAAAUUUCGGUUUGGCCUUCCAUCUGCAACUCAGAUCCUUGGACUGCCAAAGACCAUCAGAUCUACUGGGAGGAGCAGUUCAUGGAGUAGGUCAAGCCAGGCUCUAUUGUUAGUCCUGCCCUGCCCUGCCCUGCCCUGCCCUGCCCUGCCCUGCCCUGCCCUGCCCUGCCCUGCCCUGCCCUGCCCUGUUUUUGUCAGGACUUAAGCCACAGAUAUUCACAGAUCCUAAGACACAGGAAAAACGGAGAACAGUGUUCACGAGCAUUUGAAAACGCACAACAUGCAGACAUAUGUCUGCCAUGAGCCAGAUGCAGUGGGAAUCGUCAUUGAGGGAAUCCCAGUUCUUACUGAUCUUGGCGAUCUGGCCAGGGCAUGUUGUCUGCUUCUGGGGAUGAAAUAUACUCUGAACCUGCACUAUCCACCCCAGCUCUGCAAAACAUUUGAGGUGUUUGUGGGACUGUCUGUGGGAAUUGACAUGUUGCGCCCAAAGCCUUCUUCCAGAUUCAUGACACUCAAAAACAAACUUCUGAGCUAGUUGGUCAAAGGCUGACGUCACACUCAUAAAUGGCCCUUUUGUUGUGUUUUUCAGAGCUUAAUGAAUGAGUGAGAUGAAUGUUUAAUUGUUAAGGCUGCAUGUCAGAAGUUCAAGUACAUAAACCGUUUUAUGGUAAAUGUUUUAAUCCACACUAAGGUGUACUGUACUGUGCACUUAAUAAGUUGAAGUUCUUUGGUCCCAAAUGCUGUGGUCAGG